AUGCAAUCAAACAACGAUAAUAUGGACGAUAACACCUAUGAUACUAAUGCAACAUCAAACGACAGAUUGGUAUCAUCGCGUCCAGCAACACUAACACUCGAAGCAAGCAACACAACGAUGAUUGCAGGAGGAGCUGAUGAUAAGGAGGAUUUCUAUUAUCAUCAUUACAAUUUGGAUAAUAUGUCUAUUACACCUUCACCUAUGACAAAUCAGCCACGACUAUUUCAGCCAGGUAGGAUUAUUCCUUUAGAAGUAUUUCAAGCAGUUGAAACGGAUGUCAAUGAAAAAUUGGACAAGAUCAAUGUCGAACAAGAGUCAUCUCACUCAGAAGACGAAAGUGACAUGGAAGAUGGCGAAAACGAGAAGGAUCAAUAUGAAGAAGAUUUGAAUGAUAUUCUUGAUCAAGCGAGAGAUGAAGAAAUUGAACGUUGGAAAGCAAUCAUUGUUUCUCAACCAUCAUCAUGGUACAACAACACGACGAUCCAUGAUAAUAUUGAUAACGAUGAGGAUGCAAUGAAAGAAUGCGUUACAAAGCACUUAGAUAUUCAUUUCGGGCCGCCGUCGACGGCAGAAACAGCAGAAACAGCAGCAACAACAGCAGCAACAACAGCAGCAGAAACAACAACAGCAGGAACAGCAGCAGAAACAGCAGCAACAGCAACACCAGAAGAGAAUAUGGACGAGGAGGAGCAAGACAAUGAAGAGACUCAUUCGCAUCCAUAUCCACCUCUGAAUCAAACAGGUCCCAUUUCUGAUCAUGAUAUUCCUUAUGCUUACUACGGUAAUGUUGCUCGAGAUCAGUUAGCUCAAGAAAUUCAAUUCAACCUUCAAGAACAAUCACCAGCAGUGCCUUGUUACAGUGCAAAAACAUUUGCCAUUACAUCAUGGACAGAUGUACGCAAACAAGAUGUCAUGGAUUUCAUUAAAACAAAUUUCGGUGUUGCCAAUAUUCAAUAUAUUCUUAUUGCUGAAGAAAUAGGUCCCAUCAAUCAGCGACGACAUUUACAUAUACAGAUUAUUUUUAAAGAGAAAAUUUAUAAACGUAAACCAUUUUUGGAUGAAAUUACACGAGUUCAUUGUAAUUAUCAAGUGACAAGAAAUGAUAUAGCUUGGAAUGAAUACGUUAAAAAGGGUGGCAACUACAUUGAGUUCGGUCAAUUUAAAUCAACAACAAUACGUAGACGACAACCAAAGGAGUGGCCGGCGCAAACAACUUCGCCUAUGCCUAUGCCAUCUUCAACACAACAACAACAACAACAACAACUACCAUUAGUGCCUAUCACGACAAGAAUGACAGUUCGAGAUAUAGCAGAACAAAAACGUCAACAUCGAAAUGAAGUCUAUAGACAAGCCAUUGAAUUAGCAAAGCAUAAUAUUCGUGAUGCUAUGGACUUAAUUCGACGAGAAAUGAUCGACAAAUAUACUGAACGCGGUAGCUGGUACCUAGCUAUAUUUAAAUAUACUCGCUUACAAGCACAACAUGAUGAAGAUGCACGUGUUGGUACUACGGAGAAUUUGGAAUAUGCAUGGCCAUAUUCAUUUCCCCACUGCACACUAAACUUACGUGAUGCAGUGAAUCGAUGGAUUCGACAUCAUUUCUUUCGUGCUAGACGUGCAAAAUGCUUCAUUUUGAUUGGUCCUACAGGAACAGGCAAAACAUCAUUUGCAUUAUCUUUACCUGGUCCCGUCAAUUAUUUUCAAGAACGAUGGAAUUUAAGUCUUUGGAAUGAUCAGGCUCGUUAUUCAGUCUAUGAUGAUAUACCAUGGGAUGAUUUUCAAAAAUUGAAUUACCCAAACAAAAAAAAUUUAUUAACGCAAAAGUGGAAAGCCAUCAGUGUCAGUGACAAAUAUCGUGAAACGAAAACAAUUAACGUUCGACAACCGGCAAUUGUUCUAUUGAAUCCAGACGAUGCUGGUUCAUUAAUCAAAGAGCCAGUGACAGAUGAGCAAAGACGAACGGCUGCCUAUUGGCGUAAACGUGCAUUUAUUUAUGUCAUGGGUCCUGAUGAAUAUUUUCACAAACGACAACGAACAGAUCAAGACAGUCAGCCACCUUCGAAUCCGAGUAGUGGUCAUGAUGGUACAACAGAUUCAUCGAUGACAAGCAAUGAAGAACGUACAGGUGGUCAAGAUGACAUUGAUGAUAGGAUCAAACGCGUCAAAGAACAUAAUACCAAAAAAUAA